AUGACUCAAUCUACUUCCCAUCGUCGUUCCCCUUCCUCCUCCCAUACCAAGUCUAAGCCGGUCCGUCCUGGAUUACAUCGACGAGGUACUUCAGGGUUGAGCUUGUCCAUCUCUAAACUGGGUGCUGGACACGCCCGGGGUCCGUCCAAGACCGACGACAGUGAUUUGGAUAUGGCCAGUUUCUUGAAUUUCUGUGCCAUGUGCGAGAGACAGAUUACCGUGCCCAACAAUUCCCUGCUGUACUGUAGCGAAAGCUGCCGUCGCAAAGACUCGUGUAAACCACUGUCGGCGUCGUGGCCCUCAAUGUCUUCCUCAUCCUCCGUCUCUUCCUCAUACUCCACUACUCCUCCCACUUCUCCUCCCCUAUCCCCUCGCACCAUCGUGGCCCCGAUGACUCCCACCCGGGCGCAGCCCACCCCCAUCCCGGCUAUUCGGAUACCCAGCGACGCGCAUGACGCUAAGACAGAUCUGGACCCGACCGAGUGGAAGCCCGUAUUACUCGGCCGCUCCUCGACCUCGUCGUCCCUGGCCUCCUCCGACGCCUGGCACUACCUGUCGCAGUUCCACGGCAACGACGAAUCCCUGCUGCACCACCACCGCCGCCCCAGCUCCAUGCCCCGCAGUUUGCCGGCCCUGGACGGUGGUUUAUCUGCUGCUGUUGCCAUGCCGUCUCUGACGCAUACCCCGUCGACCGCGGCCUCGUCCUUCAGCAGCACUGCCUCCGACUACCUCGGCAGCAUGUAUGAGUCCGGCAUGCGGCCCCUGCCGCCGCGCCACAACCCGUGCUUCGCUGGCAGUGCCAGCCUGUCCAAGGGUGUCGAGCUCGUCGUGCCCCAAGUCGCCUCGCCGUCCGAGGACGUCCCCGUACAUGUCUCGGACAGCGGCUCCAUCUUCCCGGCCAGCAGCGCUGUCUGGGAAGAGAGCCCCUGCGGCAAGACCGCCAUGGCUCCGAUCAACAUGGCUCCGGUUCUGCGCAGCAGUCUCGGCAAGCAUGCGUGA